CUUCCUGACACUUCAUUUAAGGCACCAAGUCAACCAUGCUGAGAAAGAUGUUGAUCCUUUCAGCUCUGCUGGCUGUGUUUCUAGUUGAUCCAAUAAAACCACAAGAGGGAUUGAUUACCCUUCUGUCUGGGGACCCAAGCAUGGAGCCAAGCAUAAAGCCAAGCACGGACUCAAGCAUGGAGACUACUGGAAAGCCCAGCGGGGAAGGAAGUGGAGACCCCAGUGGGGAACCAAGCUCAGAGCCCAGUGCGGAACCAAGCACAGAGUCCACCAGAGAGCCAAGCACAGAGUCCACCACAGAGCCGAGUGUGGAACCAACCAAAGAAUCCAGCACAAAACCAACCAAAGAGCCAAGCACCGAACCUCACAUGUCUGGACAGUGAUGGCAUCACCCACCAAUGAAACAGCCUCUGCUUUUAUGAAAUGAGUAAUAAGCAGCAACCUACCUACCCACCCUAUUUCUCCAAAUCAGCACCCUCUCUCUCCAAAUACACACACUCAGGGGACCUAAGGGAGAUUUCUAUUGGGCUGCUGAACAACAAAAGGAAAUACAGCAGGAUCCAAGAAUCUGGCUCUGAACCUUCAGCAAUAUAGUGCUCCUUAGCACUCUGCUUGGACAUUGGUUCCAGGGUGGCUCAAUACAAGAGAGUUCUGCCUGCUGGAACACCAACAUCACAUUCUGUGGGACGUUGGGAGAGAGUCUGCCCUGCUUCAGUAGCAUAUAGGAAAUGUAAACAGCCCACAAGGAGAAAGGGAGAAUUUCUUCAGUGCAGCUACAUUAUU